AUAUAAAAUUUGUCUGAUUCUUUGUAUUUUACAAUAUUUAAAACAACAAAAUUAUAUAAUGUGAAAUAACCAAUGUUUCCUUUGCUAUAUUGCUAAAAUGCUACUAGAAAAUAUUUUACGUAGGAAUAAGCUUAAAAUAAUUUGUUUACGUGAUCUUUUUAUCUCAUGAAUUUCAUAUUUUCAAUCAUAAAAGCUCGGGUAGGUACAACAAUUUUUACAUUAACCACUCUUGGACGUAUUGAUUUUGCGAUCUCCCUUAUUAGAGUUUGAAACUGCAGGACUCCAAUUACACCCUUCGUCUUUAAACAAGAAUAUUGAAUUUCUAACCCCAGGAGUAAGCCGUAGGCUAAUAAUGAUUCUAUGAUUCAUCCAGCUUCAUCUUGUUCUUUCCAUAUUAUCUCAGUUACACUUUGUGGACAUAGCAGUAUUCGUUAAGCGAUCUCAUAUCACAUCUCAGUAACUUCACUUUUUAUUUGUUAUUUUUCUUCAGGAAUGUUACAAAUUAAAAAAGUAUAUGAAAUAAAUAUUCCACAAUGCAUCUCCAAUAAAAGAAUGUAGAGUAUUUUUUGAUAAUCUAUCGACAGGCAAGAUAAAAUUAAACUGAUGAGAAAAAUAAAAACAAUCGUUAUUGAAAAAAAUGUUAUUUUUGCUAUGUCGUUUUGGUCAGCUGCUCUAUUUAAUUUGAUACAAAAAAUAUACAAUAACAAAUAUUAAACUGUACGUACUCGAUGGUAGAUUGUAGGAAUGAAAAAUUUGUUAGGCAGGAUGAAAAUUCACGACAUUAUACAAAAUUAUAGGACUGGAAAAUGCAAUUAGAUUGUCUUAUGAAAAUGAGAAGCAUCCGCAGAUUAGACCACAGUUAGCAUUGAAUUUUACUGUUAAAAAUUAUGCUUAACUGCGUUAACACAUAUUUUACACGUUUUUGCAUAACUAAUAUUUCGUAAUAUAUAGUAGAAAAUUAGUUCCUGUUUGCCAAUUGAAACAGUACUUUGUUUAGACACAAAGAAAAAGAAUGAUUAAACAAAACAGUGCUAUCGUUACACUAAAAUAUUUUUUUAGUUUCAUAACAGGUGUACAUUUUUUCUUUAAAUUCUCAGGAGAGCUACAAUUUUAGUUAGUCUGAUAGAUGCGUUUUCACGAGCAACCGUUAUCAAGAUAUCAACAUGAAAAGUUAUUUAUGUGUCGUUGGGAUCUUUUGCGCAUUGGCGCUAGUAAAAGGUGAACCUCCUUCAGAACUGAAAAAGAUAUUUGAGGAAUGCGCAAAAGAAAUUGGAAUGCCUGAAUCUGAAGAAUCGGCUAAAGAAUCCCCAAAUUUCGAUGAUCCUAAAGUAAAAUGCUUGAAUGCUUGUACUAUGAAAAAGAAAGGAGGUUUGGUAGAUGGUAAAAUUGUAACCGAAAAAACAAUAGAAUUUAUUUCGAAGUAUUCGUUAGGAGAAGCCACUGAUGCCUUAAAGAAAGACGUAAACGAAUGCGCAAGUAAAGCUAAUGAAGGUAAAGACGAAUGUGAAGUAGGUGGAGAAUUCUAUAAAUGCAUGAUGCAGACACACCCAAUACAUUUUUAAUGAUUAUUCAAAUUCAAAAUGGAUUUAUUCAUUCAAUAUAUUGUACCUGCAAGAGAUAUUUUUAUAUACAGUAUAUGUUCAGUAGAUUUGUAGAAAACACAAGAAUAAUAAAUAAAG